GGGCACAGACACCCCCGGGCACCGCCGCCGUGCCCAGCGUGCCGCAGUCCCCCCCAUCUCUCCCGCAGGCCCGGAGAUCCCCCUGUCCAGCUAUCCCCCCGCAGCCCCCCCCGGCACCGUUCCCCAUGGACCCCAAAGCCGGCCCUGCACCCCCCCAGCCCGGCUUCACCCCCAUGGCCAUGUACCCCCCUCCCGGGCCCGCCCAGUACCCCGUGUACCCCUCGGGGCCCCCCGUCUACAACCCCACAGCACCCCCGCCCUACGCCCCGGCACAACCCAGUUAUCCCGGAGCCUGAGCCCCCCCGGGGACCCUCGCACCCGCCGCCGGCCAGCGGGGCCGGGCUGGGGACCCCCGGCCCCCCACCUCGAGGCGCUGGGGGGGCGCCCCAGCACGGGGGGGAGGCGGCGGCAGCGGCACAGGGCGGCCCUUGUCCCGCACACUGGGCCCUUUGUGGGGGCCGCUCCCCCGCCUCUGGGUGCCCACGGACCCGGGCACCCGCGGGGGGGUCCCCAUGGGGGUCCCCCGAGGGCCGUGCGCCGGUGCCCCCCUGCACGACCACCUCUGGAUUCCCCCCCCGGGCCCCUCCCCCCCCCCCCCGGGGUUGGCAUUAAACCACUUCUUGUGCCCA